GCACCCAUGUGGCGCCGGAAGACCACCGCCUCCCCGCGCAAGAAGAGCUCCAGCUUCAGCAAGGACCCGGCGGCGCGGUAUGGCUCGGUGUACUCCACCGUGUCAGCCAUGGAGGAGUGGCAGAAGCAGAUGAAAGAGCUUGAGAACCAGAUCAAGGAUAUGUCAGAGCGACAUGGCCCGUUGCAUGCAAAGACCUUGACUCUCAUGAACCAGCUGGCCCAGGUGCACCGAGAAGCCAACACGUGGGAGGAGGCCAUUCAAGUCUACCACGAGGUCCAUGACGGCUGCAAAAAGGCGCUGGGCGAGGCGCAUCCGUACACGCUUGCCAGUUUGUCCAACCUGGGCAACUGUCUCUUCGAGAUGGAUCGCCUGGAAGAGGCGAAGCCGUUGCUGGAAGAGACACUUCAGAAGCAAUCACAUCUCAGAGGUGAGAAGCUUCUUGGCAGCAAGUCUGGCAGCAGGGGUUUGCUGAAGCAUGGCAAACCAAUGAGUUCUGUGGGCUAG